AUGAAUUUAAAGAGCAUCUUCUUGUCCCUCGUACGGAGGCCUGCCGCAGAAGCGAUAUCAAACCCGAAUGCCUAUCCCAGGUUUCCUCCUCCGCCGCCAGAGGAGCUGCUGUCAAGGAGCGCAUACUACAAUGACCUCCUGAGCCAACGCGAAAACCUUGCUCCCGCCGAUUCCCCGGGGGAUACGCCGCUCUUUGCCCUCUAUCGCCUCUAUGAGCACCUCGUCCUCAACCGCACCACCGGCCUGCGCAAUGAACUCGAGCGGUUUUGGUUCAACAGAUGGCCUGUUUCGUCCAUUCCGGAUCCUGAAGACCACUCCGAACCCGCGCGAUAUGCGGUCCUGGCGUGCAUCCCCGCUCUCAUGGUACUGGCGUUCAACAGGAGGAUAGAACUGGGGAUACCGAGACGCGCGGAUGCUAUCAUGACCAUGGAGGAGAUAGAAGAAUACCGGAACGAGGAGAGAGUGUAUGAACAGGUUCCUGAGUGGACGUUAUCCGUGGAGCCACUACAAACAAUACUGAAGAUACCCCAUGACGGAGGAGAGACUCUGGAGUCGUUUGACGAUAAGAGAGCGACUCAAAUAUACAGGGUUAACAAGUUAUAUCUCCAAUAUAACAGGCUCUUUCUCCGUUCUGCUGUUUGCUCUGCAUUCACCAACCUCGUUGGGCUGUGGGAGCCCAGCAAGGCUCUAAGCCAUGCUAUCAUCCAGAAACCCAUGCGGAGUAGCACUCUGCGCCCAUCAUGA